AUGCUCCGAGCAACCGCCAUCACUGCCAGCAAACAGCUUCCACGCAGCACAACACAUCUAUACAAGCGCACUCUAUACAACUACACGGGUAACGAUAAGGCACUGAGCGAUCGUAAAUUAACAGAUGAAGAGCGUGCAUAUCUGGAUCCCAUGAUUCGUGUCGACCAAGCAGGCGAAGUAGGCGCUUAUUACAUAUAUAAGGGACAAAUUGCAGUGUUGGGUAACGACAAGAACUUGCGACCCAUCUUGCAAGAAAUGUGGGACCAAGAGAAAGAACAUUUAGCUCGCUUUGAUCAUUUGGUUGGGCAACAUCGUGUAAGACCAAGCUUGCUGAGACCUUUGUGGGAAGUAGCUGGCUAUGCUGUAGGUGCGGGUACUGCGCUGUUGGGCAAGGAAGCUGCUAUGGCUUGUACUGAAGCAGUAGAAACUGUGAUUGGAAACCAUUACGAUGAUCAAUUGAGAGAGCUGGUUGCUAUGAAGGAUCCUAAUCAAGAUUUGGCUGACCUCAGCAAGACGGUAGCUCAGUUUAGAGAUGAAGAAUUGGAACAUCACGAUAUUGCAGUGGCUCACGAUGCUCAACAAGCUCCUUUUCAUUCCGUACUCAAAGGUGUGAUUAUGCAAGGAUGCAAGACUGCAAUUUGGGUUGCUGAGAGAGUUUAG